AUGGGUCAUUUUCCGAAUUCAAAUGGUUUCUUGUACAUUCUAGUGGCGGUGGAUUAUGUCUCGAAAUGGAUUGAAGCUAUUGCACAAGAACAAAUGAUCAUUCGGUUGUUUGCAAAUUUGUUCAAUCCAACAUCUUUUCCCGUUUUGAGGUACAACGUGAAUCACCGGGUUGCUACACCAUACCAUCCACAAACUAGUGGACAAGUCGAAGGGUCCAACCAUCAAAUUAAAGAAAUUCUCAUGAAGACGGUUCGAAUGGAUAGGAAAGAUUGGUUAAACAAACUCGACGAUGCAUUGUGGGCAUAUCGGACGACCUACAGAACUCCAAUUGGUACAACUCCUUACCGAAUGGUGUAUGGAAAGGGUUGUCUCUUACCAAUGGAGUUAGCUCAUCGGGCACAUUGGGCAAUCAAGACGGUGAACUCAGAUUAUGAUGAAGCGGGAAAGAUGCGGAAGUUGCAACUAAGUGAGAUAGAAUAA